AUAUAGAAGGAGGAUAAAUAAUGUCUCAAACAACAGAAUUCAUGGAUGUAGCAGACUCUGAUUUUCUCAUAAACAAAGAACUUUAUGAUGAUGACUCAGAAUUUGACUAUGAGUUUGAGCAAUACUUUGUUUUCUCUGCCGCCAAGAGCCGCUUGUUUGGCCAGAAAAGGCCUCUUCACGUUGCCUUAGGUUCUGGAAAAAGUGCUGAUAUUAUACUUUGGAAGAACAAGAAAACCUCAGCAAGCAUUCUUGUUGGUGUAACUUUCAUAUGGUUUCUUUUUAAGAGAUUGGAUUACACGCUGCUUAGUUUCAUUUGUGACUCUCUCAUACUCCUAUUGGCAAUGCUGUUCCUCUGGACCCACUUAACAUCAUUCAUCAAAAUAUUACCACCACCUGAAUUAUCAGCAUUCAUCUUACCAGAAGGGUCGUUUGUUGAUACUGCUAUUUCAAUAACACGUGAACUUAACCAACUACUCAUUAUAUUUGGAGUCCUAGCUUCUGGACGACAUUUGAAGAAAUUUAUAUUGGUUACAGUUACUUUGGGAUCUGUCUCAGUUCUUGGCAUUUGGUUCAGUGCUACAACUCUAUUCUACAUAGUGUUUGUUGUAUUGCUGACUGUGCCAGCAGUAUAUGAAAAGCAUGGGGAUGUUGUUGAGAUCAUUGUUGAGAAGACAUUGAUUGAAUUGAAAAGUCUAUAUGCAUCGUUGAUGAAAAAGUUUUUCGGCAAAUCGCAACACUUUCAAGACUGCAUUCUGCAAUAGAGGGCGCAGAGGUUAAAUUUUGGCGUGUGUCAUAACAAGCAAACCAUAUUUGUUAGCAGAAAGAAGCCUGAUCCAUCAUCAGAAUCUAGUCUAUGGUUGGGGACGGAGACUAGCAAUGGCUAG